AGCACUCGCGAAGGUGUCCCUGCCGAGUGUGCACGCCGCGGCCCUCUCUCCCUCUCUCUCUUUCCCCCUGUGAAUAUGAGUGCUUUUCGGGGUCUCUCGAGUCCCCGCUGUGAGUGAUUGCGAAGCCCAUGUGCCGGUGAAGUGUCUCAAAGUGUUCGGAAAAGUGAUAGCGAGCGGAGUGCCCUGGAAGAUGGAGGCGACGGACUCUGCUUCCGAGGAGAUCAACUUGACGCCGCAGGAACUUCAAGUUUUGUCGGAGCUUGACAGUCGGCAGUUCGGGUUCGUGAAGCUGAACGAGCCUGCCAACAGCAAGAGGCGGGCGCUGGUGCUGAAGGCCGUGCGUUACCUCGAGUCCCUCAUCAUCCACGCCAACAACAACAACAAGAGCAGCAGCAAUAACAACAAUAACAACAAUAACAACAACAACAACAAUAAUAACAACGCCAAGGAUGGCGGCGACGGCAAGAAGUGCUCGCUGUCCCCGACCGCCAUCAAGAAGGAGGAGCUCUCCUUGCCCAGCUCCGACACCACCCUGCUGGAGGACGUCAUCGGCCAGGACGCCCAUGACGACUCCCUGGGCGUGGGCGGCGUCCUGCUGGGGAAGCUGACCUCCUCCUCCACGCCCACCACCACCAACAGCAGCACCUCCUCGUCCUCGUCCUCCUCCUUCUCCACCGCCUCCACCACCACCACCACCACCGCCGCCUCCACGCCCCCGGCGGCGCCAGACACCAGCAUCAGCAUCGAGCCAAGACUUACUGCAAGCUGGGCCACCUGCACCUGCUGCUCGAGGACUA